AUGGCAACGCAAAUUGUAUUGGUGCCACGGAAGCUGCAGCAGCGGACUCCUUCGAUCCGCGACGGUUUGUCUCGGGAGUUGGAAAUAUCUCAGCGCAUUUAUGGCUGUCACCUCAUCCAGAGGGCCGGGGUUCUGUUGCGCCUGGAAGCAGUCACAGUGGCCAGUGCACAAACAAUUCUUCAUCGCUUCUACUACAGAAAGAGCCUCAAGAAGUUCGACGUCAGGCUGGUAGCCACUUCAUCUCUGCUGCUCGCCUGCAAACUGGAAGAGGAUCCGCGGCGAGUGAGAAGUUUGAUUGAUAUUGUACAACUCCUUGCAAAAGCAGAGGACGCAAAUGUUCAAAUCACACAGGACAAUCUGGACCAGCUUCUCAUCGAUCACGACUCUCCGACUCUAGUGCACCCGCACCGCUACAUCCUGCAAUAUAUACACGCACUGUGUAAAGGAGACUAUAUACCAACAAACAGAUUGUCUCAGAUCGCAUGGGGUUACCUUAACGACAGUAUGCGGACGACGUUGUGCUGCGAAGUACAGCCUGCAGUAGUGGCAGUGGGGAGUAUAUUUUUGGCUGCUUGUGACCUUAAUAUCCAUUUGGCGAAGGAGACUGGAUGGUACGAACUCUUUGACGUUACAUGGGAGGAUGUUCUCAAGGUGUGCACCCGCAUUCUUUCCCUUUACAAGAGGGCCCCUCCGAAGUACACGAAACUGGCGGAGACUAGGACCCCACCGCCACCCAAGCUGGAGCCCACGACAGACACGAAGACAGAUAAAUCGGAAGACAACUCUCUUGCAGCAACAGCGCCACCCCCAGCUGCCGCUGGAACCGAACAAACAGCAGAAGGAGUGACCACUGCAGCAUCAGGAGCAGUUGCAGCGGGAACAACAGCAGCGGGGGCACGAUCGAGCGGUGCAACACAGGUCGCGACGGAUAAAACGGAAGAGGUGGAGAUGCAACUUGACUCCCAUGAUCAAGGCGAGAAGCAAGAGACUAAAGAAGAAAGAACAGCUGCAAGAGAAUCAGACACUAGGGGGGAGGAGGAGAUGGCGCAACAGAGACAAACAGGUGUUCCGGAGGCGCUCCACCCCGCAUCAGGGAGCUCUCGAGAGGGAUUUAACAACCACAGACUUGAGAACCGUGAGGUGCCCUCCGCUGACAGGCGGUCUGCUAAAGAGGAGAGGGGCCUGCGGGAGUCUCUGCAGGACUCACGGGAAGCUCGCCACAGGACCAGAGCUGCCGACAGCUAUCGAAAUGGACAUCGGGGAGGGCGGGAUGAAGGUCGUGACCCUUCAAAUCCGCGCCGUGGGGACUACCGGGAGAGCCCUCUGCACUAUUCAUCUUCCUCACGAGAUGGCAAGUGGGAGCGGUUUGGUCAUCGGGACAGGUACGAAGCCCAUUCUGGGUCUUUCAGAGACAGAGAAAGGAGGCGGUACCCAGAGAGCAGUGCUUCUUUCGGAUCCCCCCGAAGUCGAGGGGAUAUAGACGGGGGAAGAGGGGGGGGCAGACCCUCAGCGAAGAGGCCUUCGCGCCGCGACUCGCCGGCAAGAAGUUCCCACAGGCCUCUCAAGUUAUCCGCUGGCAGCGACUCGAAGCGCAUCUGA